AUGGAUACUCAAAAUGGCCACAAAGUUCUAUCAUCAUUUCUAACCCUAGCAGUCUCAUUUCUCAUUCUCUUUUCUACUUCCCCAACAGAAGCAUCAUCAUCAUCACAGCUAGUUAAAAACGUAUGUAAAGAAACCAUAAACUACGCCAAAUGCAUAGAAGCCCUCGAAGCCGAUCCACGAACCAAAUCACCAAAGAAUCUCAACACUUUUGCCAAAGACUCCAUUAGUUUAGCGAUCAAGAACGCCAAAGACAGCUUAUACUUCAUCCAAAAAAUGUUAAAGGAUAAGAAGAUGAGUGGGAAUAGUAGUACAAGAGCAGUGCUCAAACAAUGUGUUGAGUCGUACAAAGCAGUGAUUGCGUCGUUCAAAAGCGCGCGGACUGAGCUCUCCGAGGAUGCUAUGUCGGCGAACUACGACGUCAAGACGGCCGUUGACUACAUCGAUAGCUGCGAGAGCGAGAUGAGUUUGAAGAACGUUUUAGUUUCGUCGAUGCCUGAACGAAACAAUCAAGUUAGAUUGUAUAGUAGCAUUGGAUAUGUAAUCACCAAUAAACUUGAUUGA